AACCCCAUCGGCCGCCUUCUUCUUGUCCCCAUUUUCCAUUUUUCCAGCAGCCUGAAGGGAGAAAACGAAUCGCUUUUUUGUUUGGAUCCCUCAAAGAAAUUAGGGAGCGACCUGAGAUCAGCCAACACCAGCUCUCAGCGUAGAUUCUUUGAGCUAAGUAUGUGGAGAAGAGCAGUGUCUUCUCAGCUCAAGACCCUAGCCAACGGCGCAUGCCGAUUCGCCUCUGAAACGCCGCCGCCGCCGCCUCUCAGAUUCAAACUCUACAUUUCUCCAUCCACCUCCGCUUCUCUCCUCACUCGCCAUUUCUCCUCCGAAUCAGCGGAUACUGCUGUGAAGAAGAGGGUUGAGGACGUAAAUCCAAUUGCCACUGGGCACGAGCGUGAGGAGCUUGAAUCUGAAAUUCAGGGGAGGAAAAUUCUUGAAGAUUUUAACAAUCCUGUUGGUCCUUUUGGCACAAAGGAAGCUCCUGCAGUCAUCAAAUCCUUCUAUGACAAGAGAAUAGUUGGGUGCCCAGGAGCUGAAGGCGAGGAUGAGCAUGAUGUUGUCUGGUUUUGGCUGGAGAAAGGCAAGCCACAUGAGUGUCCAGUGUGCUCACAGCACUUUCUGGUAAGUAAAGACUGCUUGUUGAUGACUUAUUCUUUGGCGCAUGAUCCUGGGUGGAUGUAGUGGAACUCAAAUCCAAUUAUUGGCCUCUUUGCCUCUUUUAGAUCCACAUGCAAUUUAUGCAUUUUUAUUAGCCUAUAUUUACAUAAUACAAAAAUUGGAGAAGUUCAUUUGCUCAUAGUAACUAGUGGCACAUGGGUAGGCUAUUGUCAGCCAACCUCUAGAUAGUUUACUAUUUUAUAGUUGCACGUUGUUUCUUUGAAUGAGAUUGUUUCUUCCUUUUUGGUACUUCUUGGUAUGAGAUAGUUGAGACAGUGUUGCUGCCAUCAAACACGGUACAAAUCUUAUUUCUGCCACACCAAAUAUCUAAUUUUGUUUUGAAAUGAAUGGAAAUAUCCUUU